UCUUAAAUGGCGCCAUGUGAGAAAAAAGUAAACAAGAAUGGCAGAGUUAAGUCCCAAAUUUGUAUCACAGAAAAUAAGUAAAAUUAGAUGGAGGCCAGUACAGAAACAAUCUUUAAAGGCAGCAGAAUAUUUCGUUACAGGCAGUUGGGAUGAUGAUAAAAAUAAAGUUUGUUUUUGGAGAUUAGAUCAGUCACCUGUAAAAGAAGAAAUAGCUCUGGCAGAUAAUCAAUAUGGUGAAUUAGAACCACAGAAAGUUUGUGAGAUAGAUCAAGAUGGUGACGUGACAGAUUUAUGUUAUGUGUCUAUGGAAAAUUUGGUAUCUACAUCGUCAACAGGCUCCGUAUAUUUAUAUAGACAAAAUAGUCAGGGUAUAGAUAUGAUUAAUAGUUGGGAUAGAUUACAUGAGUUUAAUGGUCAGUCAACACCUUGUACAUGUGUUAGUAGUAGAGGUGAUGAUAUGAUAGUUACAGGUGGUGAAGAUGGUAGAUUAGCUAUAUUAAACAUAACACAAACAAAACCUGUUAGAAUAAUAGAAAAAGCAGACAGUUGUACGGUAAACAGUGUUACAUUCCUAACCCAGUCAGAAAUACUUACUGUUAAUUCUUUUGGUCAACUGAAGAUAUUUGACAUACGUGUAGAUACAGAGGAACCUACCAAAAUAUUGUCAGUUAAUGAAGAUAACACACCAUUACACUGUGUUGAUAAACAUCCUGGUCAACCACAUAUAGUAGCUACAGGGGGACAGGAUGGUAUGUUAACUAUAUGGGAUGUUCGUAAAGACAGAUUUCCGAUGACUUUAUUAGAAGCUCAUAGUGCUGCCAUGUGGGAGGUAAAGUUUCACCCAUCUAAUCCGGAUCAUUUAUUUACCUGUUCUGAAGACGGAUCAUUAUGGCACUGGGAUGGUUCUGCUAUGGGUAUUACUCAAGGUUCUUUAUUAACAGGUCAUGGAUUAGGAGGUUCUCAGUUUUCAUCAACUCAUCAUCAAACAGAUAAAAUAUCUAGUGAAUCGAGUCCGUGGAUUUCUAUAGAAUCAUCUCGUCAUAAGUUAGAGAUCAACUCAUUAUUACCUAAUAAAUCUCUCCCAGUGAAUUCCCUAGACAUACAAAACUAUACACUAUUAUGUGGGACUGAUAGUGAAACGAUUUAUACUGUACCAUUACCUAAUCUACGAUAAAAUGAACAUUACAUGUAUAUUAGUAAAAGCCCAGCUCAGCUUUGCUGAGGCCUGCAACAUCAGAACUAUACAUUAUUAUGUGGGACUAAUAGUGAAACUGUUUAUACCUACCAUUACCUAAUGUUCAAUAAAAUAAGCAAUAAAUCCUAUGUCAACUUUAUCAUGGUCUACAAUGUCAGAACAAAACCUGGUGUCAAAUGUUAGUGAAUCUAAACUUUUGAAUAUACAUGUACUAGAUGGGGUCAUUGGAAUAUGAUAUGGAAUUAAUCUCAUCAUUUUCGACUCCUAUAUAAUUUGGUCUGCGACUGAUGUGAUUAAUCAGGUUUUGUUUAUGUAAGAAUUCAAUAGAAUUGGCCUUACUAUGACCUUAUAGUCAGGGUACCAACAAGAAAAUAUAUUCAAAAACACACUUUUAUGGAUAACAAUUACUAUGGUUUAUUUCACUGCGACGUUUCAACAAGGUUUCACAAGUCGUUAUGGUACACUGUGCAUGGUUUCAAUAUUUGUUAAUCUUGGUUAAUCUUCUGUUUCAUCUUUCAAUUGUACAAUAAGUCAAUUCUAAUAUAUACGAUUAUGCACCUUUGUUACAUCAAUAGCUUGUUAUAGCCAAUCAUGCUCACUCACCUUGCAUUCCAUUGGAUAGUUCGCACUGAUGUUUGUAUAUAUAUAUAUUCAUAUCUUUCUCAUUUUUUAUCUAUUUGUGUAUAAGCUUGAUAACGACUUGUGAAACCUUGUUGAAAUGUCGCAGUGAAAUAAACCAUAGUAAUUGUUAUCCAUAAAAGUGUGUUUUUGAUUAUGUUCCAAUUACUAAAUGCCAUUCAAAGAAUAUAAGAAAAUAUAUUACAUAUUUUGAUAUCUAUAGCUUAUAUACAUCUAUCUAUUCAACAAAAUCAACGCUUUCUUUCUGUGCUGUUCCCCCGGGAUAGUAACUUCAAACAUUAUCAAUAAUGUAGUAAGAAGAAUUUAAAAUCAUGAUUAUUAUUCAUGUGUGUUUCUGGUGGAUUAGAUAAUUCACACAUAUAUGUAAUGUUUGAAUUAUUUGUUUAGAUUGGAUUUCAGGGUUUUCAUAAAAGUUGACCAUGGUUUUUAAAAGACAACUUAAUCUGAAGAAAUAGUAACUACUUAUAAAUUUUGUGGAUUGGUGAUCAAACAGGAAUGCUUAAACAGAUGGUCUUUGUUAUAAAUCAUAUGUAAUUGAUAAUAUAAAACGACAAUUAGUUUAUUUCUAUAUCGUGCUGUCGUGGUUGAAGAAAGUGGAUCAAAACUUUGUAAAAAUAACGUAACAUUUAAUAUGUUGUAUAAAAUUACAUUUUUUAACAAAGGAAAUCUCAUUGAUUAUGGAAAUUUAGAUGGUAGCCUGAGUAGAGCUGGCUGGGGCAGAGUUGUCUAAUGUAUGUGGGGGAGGGGGGGAAUGGCCGAAUGGUUAGCGCUUGCAUGCUGUAUCAUAAGGUCUGUCAUUUAGUCAACUAGUGUGGUUUCAAUUUCCCGGUUGUACGUGACAAGGAUUAGGGUCGCCUGGGUUUUCUCCAGGUCCUCCGGUUUCCUCCCACUGUGGAGUCGGCAUUAAACCCCAUUUCUCUCCCUCUCUCUAUAAUGUAUGUGCUGUAGAUUAUAAGGCCUGUUAUCUAUGCAAGUCAUGGAUUUGAUCAUAGGUUUGCACAUGUCUAGGAAUGCCUAACCUUGUGUGUUUUCUCUAGUUUCCUCACACUUCUGAAGACUCCAACACACAAGCUAAUUAUUGAAAUAAAGAUAGCCAUGCAAAGCAUGGAAAUACGCCACGUAGCAGCUUUAUCUAUAUACCCAUAUACAGCAGCUUAUCUGAAAUGAAAACUUGGAUGUCGACCAAAUCGGAAAACAAAUCCAUUAAAAACUGGAGCCUCUAUACACUGUAACCCACGUAUCAUUUAAUCUUGUGUAUCUAGCACUAAUUUCUUUCACAUUCGUUUAAUAUCCAAUCUUUGUUUAAAAAUUUGUAAAAACUGUUUAAAAUCACCAUAAAUCGUUUAAUUUGUACUUUUGUCCAGUUUAAAGCUGACCAUUCAAUUUUGAUAAUGAGUGUCCAAUUUACAAGUGUUUAAUUUCUCAAUCACUGUUAAAAAAAUAAACAACCCAAUUGAUUAA